CCAAUUCGCCUCGUCCAUAUGGCACAGCCAAGAGGAAGAGUAAGCAGGAGACGCGUGAAAGGAUCCAACAACGACUGCAUGCAUGCACAACAUUUCGAAUCCAUCCCAUCUCGUCAGCUGGCUGGGUCCACUGGGGCCAAGCGCUCUAGUGCCUUCACUGGCGGCGUGGCAUUAUGGCAUGGCCUUUGUGGUCUUGGCUGGUUUUCGAGCUGCAUUAGGGAGUAUGGUAGGAUCAAGACUACCGAUGCAGUCUGGUCUAUGUGAGGUCUCAUGAUACGACCCCCGUCCGCCACGAGGCAAGUGUUUCUAGUGUGGGCCUGCAACCGUUUUGACAAUUCACUAACUCGUUCAGCC